CAGACUCACAACUCCAGAGGAGACAGACUCACAACUCCAGAGGAGACAGACUCACAACUCCAGAGGAGACAGACUCACAGCUUCAGAUCUGUAUCUUUUACAACACAAGUCUAUCUAGGGCUGAAGGAGCCGGCCUGGUUUGAGCUUAUCCUUAGGAUUCAAGGAUCCAGGAAGUUGAGGUCGAGAGGAAGGGACGUUCGUCAUCAGCACCAUGGCGUCUGAGGGAGUGGUCGAGCUGCGUGAUUGGCUGUUCCUGCUCAUGCUCUGCCUAACUCUGUUGGCCGAGGUGCUGGAGAUUGCUGCAGCCACAGGGUACGACGAGGAGGGAGACCCAGUGUGCCCCUCUGUCUGCAGAUGUGACGAGGACUUCAUCUACUGCAACGACCGUGGCCUGAGCUCUAUCCCCCCUCUGCCCCCCUCUGCCACGGUGCUCUACCUUCAGAACAACCACAUAGACAACGCCGGGCUCCCCACCUCCCUAGAGCGUCAACUCACCAUCCGAGUGGUCUACCUGUACGAUAACGAGCUGGAUGACUUCCCCAUGCACCUGCCCCCUUCCCUCCGGGAACUGCACCUGCAGGACAACAACAUCCGUACGCUUCCCCGUGCCACCUUGGCCCGCAUGCCUCUACUGGAGAAGCUGCACCUGGACGACAACUCUGUCUCCACCGUCAGCAUCGAGGACCAGGCCUUCGUUGACAACCCAAGGCUGCGCCUGCUUUUCCUGUCACGUAACCACCUGUCCAGCAUCCCCUCUGGGCUCCCGGCCUCUCUGGAGGAACUGAGGCUGGACGACAACCGCAUCUCCACCAUCCCCACCCAUGCCUUCCGUGGCCUCUCCUCUCUGCGACGCCUCGUUCUGGACGGGAACCUCCUGGCCAACCAGCGCAUCGCAGACGACACCUUCUCCCGCCUCUCCAACCUGACAGAGCUUUCAUUGGUGCGUAACUCCCUCCUGACCCCGCCACUCAACCUGCCCAGUACCCACCUGCAGCGUCUCUCUCUGCAGGACAACGCUCUGAUCCACAUUCCCCGUGGCUCCCUGGAUGGCAUGAGGAGGCUCCAAAGACUGGACCUGUCUGGCAACAACCUGACCACCCUGCCUCGGGGCCUGUUCAAAGACCUGGACAGCCUGGGACAACUGCUGGUGCGGGGGAAUCCCUGGCACUGUGGCUGUAACCUGCGAUGGUUACAUGACUGGCUUCAUGCGAGGGGUAACUCCAUCACGGUGAGGGGCCUCACCUGCCAGGGGCCUGACAAGGUUCGAGACAUGGCCCUUAAGGACCUGACCAGUCAGAUGGAGGAGUGUGAAGUCCCAGGCAUAGUGGCUGUCGGGGCUGGGGUCGGGGCCACAGGAAGUGAGACCAGAGACAGAGGGGGUGGAGCAGACGUAGGAGGGGUUGCUGCUAGCGCCACCACCCUCGCCCCUCCACAGGGCUCCCUUUUCACCCUGCGCUCCAAGCGGCCCGGCCUGGGGCUACCAGACUCAGGUCUAGACUACACACUGGGCAGCAGUGGAGUAGGUAAGAGCCUGGCACUGAAUGUCAAGCCCUUGGCCCCCGACAGCAUUCGUGUCACCUGGAGCGUGGCCCAGCCCACCUCCUCCUUCAGACUCAGUUGGCUACGGCUGGGAACCAGCGCUGCCAUGGGCUCCAUCACAGAGACCCUGGUGAGAGGAGACCGCAGAGAGUACCUGCUCACUUCCCUGCACCCCCACUCCAGCUACAUCAUCUGCAUGGUGCCCCUGGUGGCCAGCUCCUUGGGUAAAGGAGUCAUGGCAGGUGGAAACACUGACUCAGAUGAAGCUCCAGUGUGCGCUAAAGCUGAGACGUCAGACCCCAGUCAGCCAGAUGUGGGCCAGGAUGACAACCAGGACCCUGAACACAUGGCUACUCUACCUCUGGCUGGGAUCAUUGGAGGAGCUACGGCCAUCGUCUCUCUGGCGCUCAUAGUUGCCGUCUUUUGCUGGUACAGGCAUCGAGCCGGACGCCUGUCUUCUCGUGAUCAAUACAGCCGUGGCAGCUCCAGAAAGAGCAAGCACUACGAUGACUACAUUGAGUCAGGCACAAAGAAGGACACCACCAUCCUGGAGAUCCGAGGCCCAGGGUUCCAGAUGACACCCAUGGUUACCCACCAGCCGCUGCAACCCAUGCCCCUCCGGGAGGAUUACAUCAUCCACACUAUAUUCCCCUCCAAUGGCACCGGCCUCUACAAAGGUGCCCACCAAGUGUCCAAUGCAGGGUAUGGCACCAACCGAGGCUAUAGAGAAGGAGGGAUCCCAGAUAUAGACUACUGUUACACGUGAUAGUCCUGGCCAGUUCCACACUGUUCUAGGUGUACUGUAUAGAUGCACAGUUUUUUUUGUCCGCAUGGGUUCUUCUGAAGCACCCCCUUUUGUGCCUUCCUCUUCUAGUCUCCCAUUCCAGCUAAGCCUGCUGUUUACUGCACUGACACUAUUUGAUGAAUUGGUUGGGAUGCCUGCAGGAAACCGCUCCUGGUACACAGCAGCAGGGACUAACGAACGUCCCAUUACAGGUGUUGAUACGGACUGCUUCUUCACACCGUUAGUAACGGUCAGUGUACUUGUUGAUCACUGCUCCCUCUCUCAGUGAGACAUAGUCAAAUAAUGUGCUGUGUUGAAACGGCAAGAUAUUUUCACAAACAGUACAGUUCCAUUUCAGGGCAUAUGUAUGGGAACGUCACACUAACAAAGCUGUAAGGUUAAAAAGUCCAGAAAGGGUCAGAGAGACAGACUGAUAUGCAUCCCUUGCCCACUGGCCAUAUUUUGCCCUCUUGGCUCAUCCGUUUAAAUGCCUCAACUAUCCUGACGUGCCCAUUUUGUCCUAUCAGUUACCUGAAGACAGGGCUCUUUAAAGCUGUGAAUGGUUAUUUUUCAAACGGCCCACAUAACCGCUUGUCUUAAAGCAGACUAGUUGUAGUCUGAUCCAGUGGUUCCACAGGGUGAGGGUCUUGUCGGGGCCCAGGGGUGGCUGUCCCUGAAGAUAUCCUUGAUGACUCUGGCUAAAUUCUAUAACGGAACAAUGCAUUGAAUUCAAUGCAGCCCAGGCUUGUAGAUACUUUACUUAGAUAGACAUCCACUAAUCAAAGCUGGUGCUUUGACCAGUCCCUCAUUGCUACCCUUAUUUAUUGGUUUUGUUUUCAGUUUUUUGGAGCUGGGCCUUGACAUUUUUGAUGGGGAAAUUACUCUAAUUUCACCCUUGAUGGGGAUGAUGGAUUUGUUGUAGGUCAUUUUUGAGCAAGAAGAAGAUGAAAAAAUAAAAAUAAAAAACUCUGAAGAUUAGAAUUCUCUUGACUGCACCAGCGUGAAUGUUUAUGUUAUGUACACCUCUUCAAUGAAAACUAUCUGAAGCAAAAGAGACAUUAGCAGUUUACAAGACUUGGUUAAUUAUAGAGUACCCUGCCAAGACUGACAAAUCACUACUUUGAGACUUAAGAGUCAACCCUCCAUUUCUCCCUCUGUGUAGUUAUCAAGUUACCUUAGAAGGUGGU